AGGAAUUCUGCGUCGCAUUGCAAACACAACUAGAGAACAUUGAAUUAAUCCAGAAAAGGCAUGUUAUCAAGAGGACCAUUCAAGCGCCUGAUAUAACAGAGCAAAUAACUGAUAUGAAGAACUAUCUAAAUAAUGCUAUCCAUCGAUUCGAGCUAAGAUCAUUGACUUUAAUCAUGCUUCGUACCGGGUACACAUCGGUUCAAUGUACGUGUCUGCGUAGAUACCUAUGGAUUUCCUAGUCACUCAUGCCCCUAGCCGAGAUAUCGAAACUCAAGCGAGCCCCGGCCGAGCACAUUUAUGUAAAAAGCAAAUCAGAAUGCCUACCAGGCAUGCGGGAUAAGAUUCAAGAAUCCCUGCUCAAGCAUCUGAAGGAAGCCGGGAAUCGAUUUGUUUGGCUACGGGGAUCUCCUGGGACAGGGAAGACUGCGAUAUCUAUGAGUGUUGCAUCCACUCUUAAGAAGCAGGGUGUGCUGGCUGCGUCAUUCUUCUGGGAUAAGAACCAGGCAGGAAAAGGCUUGGAUUCUAUCGAACUGUUCCCCUCUACCCUUGCUUGCCAACUUGCAUCCUUCAAUGAGGACUUCAAAUUGUCGCUUGUCAGACGCCUUCGGCAACCGGAUUUGGUCUUUGUUCAGGAUCUCCCUCUGGAAACCCAAAUCAAUACACUGAUGAUUGAGCCGAUGCGUGACAUAUGGUCUUCGGGAAAGGAUCGCAUCGUUAUCAUCCUAGAUGGCCUUGAUGAGUGCGGGGAUCAGGAGAGACUCGGGGCCCUAAUGGAACUGGUGCUUGCCUUUGAGGAGUUACCACCAAUAUUUUCUAUCUUAGUUAGUUGUCGUCCUGAGCCAGGAGUCAUUUCAGCUUGGGAUAAAGCUUGGGAAAGGGUCAUGACAUACAAUGUGAAGAUUUGGACAAGGUUGUAGCGGAAGAAGCUUUCCAGACAGUCCAUCGUAUGGUGGAAGAAGGCCUUCAGCCCCCUUUUGACAAAUAUUCGUGGAAACCAGACAAGAAGGAACUUGACGCUUUCGCUCGGGCUUGCCAGGGGCUACCUGUAAUGGCGUCUAUCCGGGUUCGCGAUGUCGUCCUGCAGACGCAGCGUGGC